AUGGGGCAUGUCGGUGUCAGCGGGAAGGCAGUGGGGGGCUGGGCUGGGCGCUGGAUAGGGUGGGGGCUUUGGGGGAGAGGCGGGGUGGCGCCGUGGGGAGGAGGGGCGGGUGGAGAAUCGGAGAGGCACGCUGAAGUCGGACAGGCAUCAGGCUGUUGGAAUAUGGACCAACAAGGCAUGGAUGACCAUGAAGGGGUCCACGUUGUUGGAUUUGAAGUCCCACCUUCACCUGACUCUAGCUACAACAACCCUAUUCCUGGAAAUGAAGAUGAAGGCCGGGAGCCCCCACUGGUGCCACCUCAUCUCCAGCAUACGCUGCUGAGCUUCCCACCAAGCCAAGACGAAUCGAGCCCGCUGCCUCAACCUCAGACCGUGGUUCUGAACCACCUUUACAUCGAGAAGGAGAACACAAGAUCCGUGGUUGCUCUGGGGAUCACGCACCGGUACAAGGCCAAGUUUGUGACAGUCGUGCUUUACAAGCCAGUGCUGAGGCGGUAG